UCCCUUUACGCACGGAUCAGGCUUCUAGACGAGGACCUAGCAACGUUAAAGGAGAGAUAAGCAGACAUAGGUCCUCAGGUACACACCCCCAUACUUUAUUAUUUUGUUUUCUUUGGGGAAAACACCACUUUAUGUCGGUGAUGAGCGCAGUUCCGUUGACGAGGCCGCUCCACAUGCCCUCUCUGGGGUCGAGGGGUCGCCGCCACACGCUGCCGGCCAGCGAGUUCCGCUCCCUGAGCCCGGAGGAUGCUAUCAGCGUGUUCGAGAUUGAGAGAGAAGCCUUCAUUUCAGUGUCCGGCGAGUGUCCUCUCCACCUGGACGAGGUGCGUCACUUCCUCACCUUGUGCCCUGAGCUGUCUCUUGGCUGGUUUGAGGGGGGACGUCUGGUGGCUUUCAUCAUCGGCUCACUGUGGGACCAGGAGAGGCUUACCGAGGAUGCCCUCACUCUCCACAAGCCUCACGGGAUGACCGUCCACAUCCACGUCCUGGCCGUCCACAGGACUUUCCGGCAGCAGGGCAAAGGCUCCAUCCUGAUGUGGCGCUACCUGCAGUACCUGCGCUGCCUGCCCUACGUCCGCCGCGCCGUGCUGAUGUGUGAAGACUUCCUGGUCCCCUUCUACAGGAAGUCAGGCUUCAAGGUGCAGGGCCCCAGUGAGAUCUCGGUGGGACCCCUUACAUUUAUUGAGAUGAUGUUCCCGGUCAGGGGCCACGCCUACAUGCGACGUAACAGCGGUUAUUGAGGACAGAUGGACUUCAUGUGGAUUCUCCCUGGAUCCUCUGGGACCUGAAUCCCCUCAUGGACACAUCAUUAUGGGACAUCUGAGCAGCUUCCAGCAGCAGCAGGUUGUUUGUGAUCCUCACUUUGCAUACGACAGCUUCUGAGGAAUGUGCUCCGACUGUGAGUCUGCAGACAGCCGAGUGCAAACAUCAGCAGUGUGGAAAAUAGUUGAAAACUUAAAAUACUGCAAGGAAAAAAAACUAUUCAUUACAGCAAAGUCCUGAAAGAAUGUAAGCACUUAUUUAUUAUAUUUUGUUUUGUAUUUAACGAUUAAUAAUGUAAGAAAUGUAAUAUUGUAUUCAAUAGAACACAGUGGCCUUGUCUUUGUUAAUAUAUGUAUUAUUUAACCAAUAUAACAUGGUUUCAUGCGCUCCAUGAAACCAUUGUGUCAUUAAGUAUAUGCCCAGUACUAAUUCAUUCUGCCCUUUAUGGUUUGGUAAAAAACGUCAUGCCUACCACAGCAUUAGAACAUUUCUGUUAUGUGCAACACUUUGUUUAACUAUGAUGAUGACUUUGAAGGUGAAUUGCCAAAGUGAACAGCUAACUUUCAAAGCCUACGAAAUAAAGAUUCAAAAGGGAGUGAUAUUAUACAAUAGUUCUAUUUAGUAGCUUAGACGCAGGUGAUUAUUUUAUUAUAUUUAUGUACACAUGCAAUCACUUUAUUUAGUAUUUAAGUUUUCUAAAUGUUUGCUUUCAAAUGAUCUCGAUAGCCUCCUCUUGCCUUUCCCCUCAUAGACCAUCACCGCCUCCCGAAUCUUGAAU